CAUCAAUCCUAAACCCUAAAUUCUAAACCUUAAAUCCUAAAUCCGAACCCUAAUCAAGUGAUGGGUUUAGAGUUUAGGAUUUCUUGUUUAGGAUUUAGGGUUAGAGUUUAAGAUUUAGGGUUUAUUGAAGCACCCUAACCCGGACACUUGAUCCAGUGAGGUUCCUCAGGUUCGGCCAUGGCUUGACCAGGCCGACCAGUAAGUUUUUAAGGUCUGAUUAUUCUUAAGUCAAAUUCAGACAAUUCUGAGAUUCAUAAGAUAUAGCCUAUAUGCGUUUUAUUAAAGUCAAUAUUCUGAAAGAUAAACUGAUUUCUUUAUUUAUAUCACAAAGGAUUCGAUACAAUUGUUAAGUUUGCACUAUAGGCUAUUACAAUGUUAGAUCCUAAAUCAGUCUCCCCAACCACCCAUCCAUCCGCGGCCUCGAGUCUUCACGGCUAAGCCAAGUCCUUCCCACGAUCACCAUCUUGUCGUGAAACCAACAAAACAUAAGUAUCUAUCCGAUAACUUAAUCAGUCAGUUUCUAAGCAUGCAACAAUGAACAGUUCUUUCUAAGUUCAACCCGAAAAUCCCCUUAGUAUAAUCCGACUUAUCCAGUCGUUUAACCAGAUCGUUCAAGUUCAGUUUGCGGAUCUAGAACAAACUGUCUUACUCACUGAACCAUCCGGAUCGGCUAUAACCCGAUCAAGCCAAACGGCCAUGAUCUGUGAUCUAUCGGAUCCAACACUUAGGCAUCAGAUCGCAUGAUCGGACCGGCUCUGAGCCAUGAUCCCUUACCCGGUCCUAAGACCAAGACACUCGAUCGUUCAUACAGAAGAAAGAAGAAACGAUCAAGUAAGGUUGAAGGACGAAACCGGUUUAGGCCAAUCUGCCAUAGCCCCGUUCGGAUCCACCCAAAGGCCAUGACGAUGGCUUAUCCAGUCAAUACUUUAGACGUGCGCGCCGGAGUUCCAUUCGCAGUCUGCUUCGCUUUCUCCCUUAGAUCCACCAUGUUUGGAUCGUUCUUCCAGCAAUCACGGCUGGAUCGCCUUCUGGACUUGAUUCCGAUCAAGUCUUCUCUUCAGAUCGCGUAAGUCUCUCUCUUUCUCUUUCAGAUGCCUUUGUUUCUGAUCGAGUUUUGGUGUUUUCCUUAAGAAAAUCCAUGUCCAAAAACGACCCCAAGGCCCCAUAUUCAUAGAAACUCGGCAAGGAACGGUUAUAGGGCGAAAGGGUGCAUUUUCCAACCGCUUGGGCUGUUAUCUGUACGCGCCCCUUCGGCAAGAAACCGACUCCAACUGCUUGGCACAUUUCCCAUACGCGUAAGGCUUAUUCGGACCAGUCCAGCUCCGCACCUGAUCCGACCAACUACUGGUAACCACCCCGAACUCGUCCAACUGGCCCAACCGCCGAACACUCCUCCCAGCUGAGUUGAGCUACCCGACAGUUGGUCCAGCUGGUUGAGCUCAGUCUUCUAGCUGAUCGAGCUGAUCUAGCUUAAGUUAGCUCGUCCAGCUUACAGCUUGACCAGUUCUCUAGCUCACCCAGCUCGGCCAGCUUGUUACAGUCUUGCUUAGCUCGGUCCAGCUCCUUUUCUUCAUUUUUCUCCCUUUUCUUAGCUAAGUCCGGAUCAUUACUCGGACUUAACCCUUUGUUCAGACCAUGGAACACUUGCCUUUUAAGUCUUUCGACCGGUUUGCACGUCCCCUCGUUCCAUGGCCCGUCCCAACGAUCCUUAGCAAGGAUCGGGGAUGCUACAUUUAUGGUUUAGAGUUUUUGGUUUAGGGUUUAGGAUUUUGGGUUUAGAGUUUAGGAUUUAGAAUUUAGGGUUUAGGAUUUGGGGUUUAAAGUUUAGGUUUUAGGUGUAGGGUUUAUAUUUUAAAUUUUUAGAGUUUUGGGUUUUGCAUACGGCAUUAACGUCGGUGUUGUUUUUUCUGCCAUUUAUUUUUUAAUUUUAUUACUUUUUUUUAAUUAGUCCUACAUUGCACUUUGGUUGGUUAUAAAAAAUGACGUGAAUUUAACCAUUCACUUUAGGGUUGAACCUAAGUUUUGUUCGUCGAAGAGCUUUUUAGUCAAAGUUUAAAAUAAACAUAAUUGCAGUUUACCUAAAAUAGAGAUAAGAAAAACAUAAAUAAUGAAACCCUUUGACAAAAAAAGAAAACAUAAAUAGUGGAUAAUAAUUAAAAUUUUAUUGAAUUAAAGCAUAUAGUACAGUCUUUCUCCUAGCUUCUAAGUUUUACUUUGAUAGAAUUGAAAAUGAUAAUUAUAGAGAUGUCUGACAAAGAAAUAUAAGACCAUAUACACUAAUAUGAACAUAUAAUCUUUCAUGUGACAAUGAUUUAACCAAGGAAUCACUUGAACUUAAAGACAAAAUAUUUUUCUUCUGUUUCGAAACACAGACAAAUUAUUCUUCACGUCUUAUUUCUUAGUCCAUAGCUCUUUCUCGUUUGUAGACAUCUCUAUCAUUUUCAAGUCUGUCUGUCAAAUCCAAAAUCAGCUGAGAAAGUAUAUUUUCUGCCAAAAUGACAAAAGGAUAAGUUGUUAAAAAUAAGACAAAAAGAGAGAUUCAUUAGUUCAUGAACGAUUUAUUUGUUCAUGGCGUACAUCAUGUCCUCAUCCGUACUAUGAUAUAUAUCACUGGAAAACUUGCUCAUAUAUACAUGCAUCUUCAUCUACCUUUUCAUUCUUCUUUUGCACAUUCAAAACCUCUAGAGCUAUUAGAAGAACGUGCUUCUUUGAUUCAGCAUGUAUAAGUUUUCUCCCGACUUAGAAGAUGGAUACACUGGUCUCUUCAAUACCACUACAUAUGAAAAAAAUGAAUACAUGAGAAGUGAUAUCUGCUUGUGUAAUUUAAGAUUAGCAUUGGCUUAGAAUUAAUUACCUUAUAAGAAGCUUCUUGAUCUUUACGCAAACUUAACAGUUCCCAAAAGCGCAGCUGCAAUCCACAUUGCUAAGACUUUCAUUACAUAAAAAAGUAAGUCCAAGACAAAAGAAAAACUUUGCAGUUUCAGGGUUUGAAAUAAGCUAAUACUAAAAACUGGUUCUUGUUCACGGUUGGUGGGUAAAAACUGUGAGUGUCAAAGUCUUGUACUCAGACAUAUGUGGUUGAUGUUGAUCAUGUUGGUUUCUCAAAACUAAGCUUGAAAAGUUAAUGAAGAUUUUAAGAAGGAUACCAACAAUGAUACUGGAGAAAGGCGGUGAACCGAAAUAAGGUCCUGAGGCAGGUUAAGGGAAAAUAAUGAUCUGAGUGGUGGUACCGCAACAUGACAAUAAUGAUGGGAGACAACAUAUGGGAUAAUGGUUGUAACGAUUACAAAAAACUUGUAAAUAGUAAUAAAAUAGCUCACAUAAAGAGAAUCGGAGUACUUGAAGGAAUUUUUUGAUGAGCAAGAGUAAAGACAGAGUUAGUGUUGAAGUGUUCUUGUAGCUCAACAUACGCUUUUCCAACCUAUGUCAAAAUGUAUCUCAUGUCUUUUAGAAAAAAAUUAUUAAAGGAUAAGCACCUACCUUGCUACUUUGGGUUCUCCAUUUUUCAAUCAUCAAGGAUUGAGAAGGUACACAGUUCGACUUAUUAGGUUAAAAAUGUAACCUAUGAGAUUUUUUUUCUCUAUAACAAUGAAUCAUAGGGUUUUCUUGGUGGAAAUUACCUUUGCAAUACAACCAUCUCCGGCUGCAGAAAGAGACACUCUUUUCAUCUAUCUUGCUCAUAUUCUCUGGCACCCAGUGUAGAACCGUCGAUGCAGAACCAGCCGGUGAACCGAUCGUUUACUCGCACUUUUUUCCAUGAGCUAAAGAAACCCUUUCCAAUGUAGAGAAAAAUUUAUAUUUGAGAUAUCUGAUUAAAUGUGCAUCCAGCGGGAGCUCAAACUUCCACAACAACUGGCGUCUUUUAAAGCACAUAUUGCUAUACAAGCGGGAGCUCAAACUUCCACAACAACUGGCUUUUCUUAAAGCACGUACUGCUAUACACAAUUAGGGCAUGAAACAUAAUAAGAAAAGCGAAAUUACCUAUAAUGAUUCAAAUGAUACAUAUAAUGACUACUAAUGCAUAAACUUUUUUAAUUACUGUACUAAAUCACAUGGGUAACCAAAAUACAAAAAAACCAGCAUUCCUUUGAGUAUUAACGAAACUGCCAUUGAAUUAAUUUAUAAUAUUAAUUGACUAAUAUUUUCUAAAAAAGCAAAACCCCUUUGUCGACACUUCUUCUCCUUCCUAAUCUCAGUUUUCCUUUUCUCCACAUUGAACCUCCAUCUCCGACAACCUCAUCUCAGUUGCAGUCGCCUUGCGUUUCGUUACUUCUUCUCUAAGCCGGCGUCGUCCCUGCACACGAUGAACCCUAACUCCAAACCCUAACUCCAAUUUGGCUUCGUCACAUCCGCCUCAAAAUCAUAGAAAAUUGAAACUGUAAGUGCUAAAUAUAUUCAUUUCUUAACAUAUUUUCUUUGAUUCCCUGUUAAAUUUCAAUAACCCUAAUUUCCAAUUUUAUUUCUGACAAAUUGAAAACUGGUUCUGUUUUUUUUUUCUUUUCAAAACCCUAAUUAUCAGAUUGAAAAUCGAUUUGUCUUUUCUAAUUUCUAAUUUCUCUGUGUAUAAUCUGGAUGAAUGAUAUUUAUUAAGUUUGUUCUUGUUUUUUUUUAAGGGAAUGGCCUCAUCUUCGGGGACCAAGAAGUAUCCUCCGCGGCUUUACGAGAUUGGUAAAACGCCUAUUCAAUCUCGGAGCAUGAACCACAAUUGUUUUCUGUCCAACCUUCAAGUAAUGAAAGAGUCUGUUGGCGAAGACGUUUGGCUUGAGUUAAGAGAAUCAGCUGUAGGCGUGAUUAUCAAGCUGAAGGAGUUGGAGUACACUUGGUCUGCAAAACAUGUUCAUUAUUUUCUGGUGAAUCAAUUGGCGAUUCAGUGCAGUCAUGAAGUUUGGUCUUUGAUAGAAGACCAGCCAUUGAGGUUCUCUCUGUAUGAGUUUGAAGAUAUUACAGGGUUAAAUUGUGAUCCCUUUGACACACAAGAACAAUGGGAUGUGGCUCAUGAAGACUUUUGGGUGGAGAUGAAAGUUCCAAUUUCUGAAGGACCCAAGUUGAAUGAACUUCAAGCCCUUUUUCCGAUCAUCAGAAAUUGGCCUAGAGAGAAGCGUGUAAUGGUUGGCUUGUUGUGUCUAGUAUCCAUUGGCAUAUUUGGCAUUUCAAGCAAUAGUAGAAUACCUCUGCAUUUGGCGAAAAGGGUGAUGGAUCCAGCAGCUUUCGAGCGCCAUCCAUGGGGUCGUCCAGCAUUUACCAGCCUUGUGGAUUCUAUUAAAGUGGUGACAUACGAAGAAAAGAAGAGUUACACACUACAUGGCUGUGUUCAUGUAUUGCUUAUUUGGAUAUACGAGUCUGUGCCAGGUUUAGGAGAGAUAUAUGGGCAUCGGAUAGAGGAAGCUGAGGUUCUGCUUCUGUCAUGGCAUGGUUCUCGUCAGCGUAUCAACUUCCCAAACUUCUGUGCACAAGAAAAGAAAAAAUAUCAGAAGGUAUGAUUAUUUUCUUUGCAAUUAUUUUUCUUAUUUUUUUUACUUAAUUAGUGUUGUACUUUACAAUGCAGAUUCGUGUAAGGCAUAUGAUUGUAAAAGCAAUGGAGGAUAGAUAUCCGAAAUGGGGCGAAGAUAAACCGCCUGAUGAUUUGGAUAACAUGAUAGUUGACAUCCUCAAUGAUCAGCUAAACGACAAGUUUUGGGAUGUAGUGCCACUUACCAAGUGCCGGAAGAGAAAAAAUCAAGUCAGUGCACCUAGUGUUCCCGAAAGAGUGGAUACGAGCCCCUCCACAAAACGAAGGAAGGAGAAAGAAACUGCACCAGAAAUGGUAUGUAUCACAUGUUAUUGAACAUUUUUGUUUUGUUAGUAUCUAAACUUUUUUGGUUUGUGAGUUUUGAAGGAAGAAUCUCAUACUGAUAUGCCCAUCAACAACAGCAUCAUACAAAAGUUGGUUGAGGCUGUUAACAACUUGCCUGGAAGAGUAGAAACCAUGGAUGUUAGUGUAGCUGAAAGGGUUACUAAGACAUUGGAAGCUUCUGUACAAGCUCAGGUGGAAGCUAGAAUGGCUUUAUUUGAGACUGAGAUGAAGAACAAAAUGGCCAUAUUAGAGGAAGACAUAAAUGUUCUUAAAGGGAAGGAUGAAGAAAAAGUUACAUCCAAUGCCGGCAACUCCAAAGCACAUGAAGACGACGACACUUGUAGCAACACGAUGGUAUGUUUAUACUAUCAUCUACUGUUUUUUUUAUACAAAAUAUUAACUGAUUUUUUAUACUUGACAGUCCUGGAUGGUUCAGACAAAAAAAGGUUCAGUUGAUGGUUUACCAAUACAACGUGUCGUAAAAAAGGAGAAGAUGAUUAACAAGACGAUGCUAGGGAAAAAAGUGAAGAUAGAGAAACCCUUUUCUAUCCCACAGCUAAAUGACCAAUCCAUUUCUACAGAGGAUUGGGAAAAUCAUCUAAAAUGGCAGAAAAGUGUAAAGUGUAGACUGGCGCUGGAAGCACUAGCUUCAAGUUUGGAGGAGCCUACACGCAAAAGAAAAACUAAGCUGACAAAGACUCAAGUUUUUCCAUACGUAAGGAAUUCAACAGUGAAGCGUAUCGUAUCUGGUAAAACGGUCUCCAAGGAAUCUUAUGACCCAUUAGCUAAGGUGGCUCCAGAGAAAUUGAAGAAAGUAUUGGACUUCAUUAAGUCUGAUCUGGAAGAUGCUGAGUCUGGUUAUGGAGAUAGAAGUGCAAGAUUUUAUUUGACCUUGUUGCUACCAAGAGAAGCUUGGCCAACACAGAAUUAUGGCUGGUUGCAUGACUCUCACAUGGCUGCAGCAAUGCAUAUGUUUCACAGACGCUCCAUGCAAUCCCAGUCUCCAUAUUAUUCUCCUCGAAUUGCAUUCCUUGACCGCUGGUUUGUGAACUCAUGGGUUAACGACUACAAAAAGUAUGAUGAGACAAAUGAGUUGCCAGAAUAUUUUAGCAUGGCUUUUAAUGGAGAAUACCCAGCUGAAUUUGUCACGGGUAAGAAGUGGCUUAAAGAUGUUGACUCUCUCUUCCUCUGCCACCAUGUCAACGGCGACCACUGGGUUGCUCUUCAUAUCGAUCUGCAGAAGGAGGUAAUACAUGUUUAUGAUAGCAUUCGAACUUGGGUGCCUGAUAAGAAGAUGCAAGAGGAGUGCAUGCCGUUUACGAAAAUGCUUCCUGCAUUGCUUAACAAGAUGGUCGAUCCUAAGUUGAGAACAAAGCCUGACAAGCAGUUCACCUACUGUAGGUACAAGAAGAUCCCCCAAAAUGAAGACCCAGGAGAUUGCGGCCUGUACACUCUGAAAUACAUUGAAUGUUUAGCUCUGGGGUAUAAUUUUGUAGGCUUAAGUGAUCAGAUCAUACCAGCAAUGCGAUUGAAGAUGGCUGCAGAGAUUUAUGAUGAGGUGGCUAUGGAGGAUUAGGAAGUAUAACUUGUAGUCUGUUGUUUUUUUUCUCGGAUGUAUAACUGUAGGUUUUUACUUAUUUUUGGAUGGUAUUUUCUUGUUCUCGGAUGUGUAAUUUGGAUGUUUAACGUUGAUGGUUACUUUGUUUAAUUAUGGCUCGUCUCUUUCACAUUUUCAGCUCACUACUAAUUCUGGAAAAAGACAAACUAAAUCAACCAUAAUAUAAUGACAAAAGUCUCAAACUAAAUCGAAAACUUAUCACUUAAGAGGACAUGUUGUAGAAUUAUGACCACUCUGGUUACAAAUUCGACAUGUGUGUUCCUUCUGUGGCCGCUUCUUAAUUGCAACUUUCUCCAAAAUGGAUUUAUGUCUUGAUUUUUUUGGCCUCCCCGGUGGUUUGCGGACCUCGGGUGGUAAACAUAUCCUCUUGGCAAGCGCUUCUGGAAUUGGAAGGACGUCAUCUUUGGGCAUAACAGCUGUGUAGUACGCAUUGUACAGGUAUUGCUUCCGAUAGUAAUGAUGACAAAGUGAUAUACACGACAUCUUUCUAGCUUCCGCAGCAGCUAUAGCAUGAGCACAUGGUAGCUUCUCCAAAUCAAAUCUACGGCAAGAACAUUUCUUCUCGGUCAGGUUUACAAUCAGAAGCGUUCCUUUGUAUUUCCCUUGCAAAAAUGUUCCAUCAACCACGACAACCUUCCUCAUAUAUGGAAAUCCAGCAAUGCUAGCGCCGAAUGCAAGGAAUAAGUACUUAAAUCUGUUGUUUGUAUCAACUUCCAGUCGAGUUAAAGUCCCUGGAUUUGACAUUCUAAUCAUGUGCAGGUAAGUAGGUGAUUCCUCAUAUCCACUCUCUGCUGAACCCAUUACGAGAUCUCUAGCAACUAUAAGUGUACGAUGAGAUUUCCAGUAAUCCAUCUGCAAUAAACAAUAAACAGUAACCUAUUUAAAAGGAAGUAAAGGCUGGAGAAGAGACUAUAUUUGAAGCACAAGUUUAUUCAACCUUGAUUCCGAAGCUCAUGUUCAUAGCACUAGAAACAUGACGUGGCAAAAUUGAUGGAUCAACCCCACCAAUAUAGUCUCUGUACAAGAGUCCAAGAAUCUCGAGAGUAGCUUGUCGGGAACGAGAUGAACGUUCUGUUAUGGAGCAGGUAUGUUCAUCUACAAAUACUCGGACUGUAAACUUGAAAGAGUUACCUACUGGUGUAGCUCUUAGCUUCCAUGUACAUCCUUUUAGCCAACAUUUUACAAAGAGCAGUGUCCGCGUUGAUGCAAUGACAUCAAAAUCAAACUUGUGGACAACUGAACAUAUCUUCAGACGUGUCUCCAAUGCAUCUUUUGAAUCGUAAUUCUGCCCCACGUCAAAUAUGAAUGAGCGCAAAUCGGACAUACUCAUUGGAGAGUCUCUUUCUUCUCUCUUUCUUGCAUAAAUCAGCUUUGUAGUCGAUCCAUGAACCUCUUCUACAUGGUUUGGUUGAAGCCCGUAUGUAGUAAAGUUUUCAUCAUCAGAUGUUGCUCCAUCAGAAUCAUCGCAAUAAUCGAAUCGAUCAACCUCUUCGUCCGUAUCUUCUUCGUCUUCAGACAACGAGUCAUCUCCAUGUAUGGGUUGUUUCUGAUCUUCACCAGCUCCUUCUCCAGCAAUUUUUUUUCAAUUUAAACUCCACACAUAGCCGAACGUUCUCGACUUUGCAAACACCCAAGAAUGCAUGAAACUGCCUAUCGUUUCCUAUUUUCACAGGUGGUGUGUUGAUGCUUUGAUUGUGUAGAUUCUGCUUCGGAAAAAGGUACCUCAGUUCCAAGUCGUUUUCUGCAAAAUCAACUCCAUAAUCCUCAAAUAUAAUUUUCACAAAGUCCUCAAAUCGAGUGUCAUCAUUCGCAGCAACUAUUAUGCUACCUCGAUCAUUGUCUACUUCAAAUAACCACUUAGUUUUUUCAACUUUCCACUUCCCAGAGACGAGAAUCAUGUGAUCCAUUAUUCUCCUAUCAAUAUGAAUUAAAAGAUACCGUUGUAGAUCCCCAUGAAAGUGGACCCAAAAUUUAUGAAUCAGAGGUAACAAGAAGAAGAAGACGACAGAGAACGUAUAACCUAAUUGGAAACGUGGUGUAAUCUGAUUCUUAACUUAAACCAACUUUUAAAACUGUUUUAACCGGAGGUUUAAAUUAAUUUAAACCAAAAACAAAUUGAUUCCAACCAAAAUUAAAAAUUCAUUUAAACCAAAAAUAAUCUAAACUGAACCAAGUUAUACCAAACCGAAAUCUUAGUGAAUUUAACCAGAAAUUCGAGUGGAUAAGUCUGCUACAAUAAGUGUGUCUUAAUCUGGUAAUUAAAAUUUGAUUUAAAAGUCUGCCGUCAAAGAUGACAAUUUUAAAAAUCUGCCACCAAAUGAAUAUAAAAGUCGACCAGAAAUUUAAAUCGGAUAAACAUAUCUUUCAUAAAAAUUUAUGUCUAUUACUCUUAAAAAGUCGGUUGAAGGUAAUUUUAAAUCGGUCUAAAAAAUCUAACUAAUACGAUAUAAAACUGCCAAUUUUAAAAAAUCUGUCACUUCAUUCGAUAGACUAAAACAAAUAAAUCUAUUGAUGACAUUAAAUCGGACAGAUAAAUCUUCCUUCUUUAAAAAAUCUGUUGUAACUUAAAAGUCUGCUACCAAAUACACGGCAUAUAUAAAUUUAACAGCAGGUUUAAUUAACAGAUUUAUAUCACAAUAGAUUUGUUUUUAUGUCAAAUAAAUCUGCCGACGAAUUUUUUUUCAAAAUUUAAAUGGCAAUUUUGUAAUAUACCUUUCUACUCACAAUUGUAAAAAAGGACAUUUUCGACCAUAAAAAUAUUUUAGUAAUUUUGAAUUUUUAAGAUUUAUUCUAGUAAUAACUCAAGUAAUUUGACUCGUUUUAGUAAACUUCCCGUAAGAAAAUUGUAACGACCCGAUUUCAGUCUCGGAAUUUGUUAGCCGGGUAAGGCCAUAUCUAUUCCCGAAGGCCCAAUCGAAAAAGUCCAAUAUAUGAACUAUAAAACCCAUUUCCCAAUCAGAAGUUAAGAGAGAGAGAAGAAGAAGAAGUGAAAGAGAGAGAGAGAAAGAGAGAAAGAAAGAUGGGAACAACUGCAUGUUGCCACCAGGAGUCCUCGCCAGAGCCACCACACGCCAGGACGUCGUCAAGCUCGGCAUCACCAUCAACCGCAGCACAAAGUAACCGGAAACCGCCAUGUUUUAAGUUAAGUUUCGUUACGUUUAGUAAUUGUCGAUAACUUCCUAACUGUUGGGAAUUUCGUGCAUGUAAGACCACCAUUGUGUUCCUCUCGCCGAGACGAACCCGUAGCCACAGACCACGCCACGAUCGGAGUCCGGACGAAUCCGUACGCACCGUCCAAAGUUUCGCUGUCCGCGUGCGUUUCGUACACGCGCCGCCGCCGGGAAUCGCCUCCGCCGUUGCCCGCCGCCGUCCUCCGCCGGCCAACUUUCCGGUAAGACGCUGCCGCUCUCUGCCGUCGCCGCCUGUGACCGACACCGGUGACUCGCCGGUAACUCGGUCAACUCGGCCGAGUCAACUCGGUUGACUCGGUAAACCGGUUGGUUGACUGGUUUGACCGGUUUAAAUUGAUUUUGGUUUGGUUAGGAUAAACUGGUCGGUUUAAUCAAAUCGAUUUCUGGUCAAAACUUGAUCGGGUUGACUUUGAUCAGCGGGUUGACUUUUCCGCAAACCUCGACCAGUUCCGUUUUUGACUGUUCGAAAGGCGUUCUGACUCAGAAUUUCGAUCUGAUUUCAGAUAUGGAGUCUAUUUGAGCAGCUGGAGUUCAUAGACACUACUUUUCUAUUGCUAA